AGCGCAAGACUAAGAGCGUCUCUGCAACGGUGGGCGGUGUAGGCUGACCUCAGUGUAUAUCCCAACAGUCCAUUUUCAAAGCUUCAAAACCUCUUCCGCGCAUUCAUUCUCUCCCUCUCUCUCUCUCUCUCUCUCUCAUGGAUUGAUUGCUUUAUAUCUACGCUUCCAAAACCAGAAGCUCCACGGUUCGCAAUUUCUUGCAAAAGCAAACUACAAAAAUCAAUCUCAACGCAAAAGCAACAACGAAGAACACCCUCUCCUGCGCAGAAACUGAAGCGUCCGAAUCAAACCCACCUCCCAAAGCCACCGCCUCCGCCUGAAUUGUCAUCAUUUCCACCACCUACAACCCCAGAUCAUCCGGUUAGGAUCGUCUUCUUCUUUUUCUUCCAGAACACCGCGUAAAAAGAAACUCAGGCUCACCUUUUCCCAGCCCUAAUUUGUGACUAAGGAUCAUCCCAUCUCUGGCAGAACUUUUAACCCAGAUGGCAGAACACGAGAGUAGCUAUGAAAUUUCGAGCAAAUUAAGUCGCUCUCUGACCGUUCACUCAACCCCCAACCUUGAAUUUGAUCCCCCGAAAAAGCCCUCCCUCGAUCGAUCCCAAUCGAUCAAGAAACUGAGGAGUUCAUUUGAAACAUUUAUCCCCAACAGCAAUUCAAUCAAAGGAAAAGUCAAAAGACUCUGCAGUAUUUUUGAAUCCGCUAAGUCUCAGCCGCCGGCCGCCGAUGAAUCGCCCCCUCAGUCAACAGCCAGUAAAUUGAACGGUUCUGAUUCUAGGGUUUCUUCGUUAUUAAGUAAUUGGAUAACAUUGCCUGGUACCGAGGACCGAAUUGUGCUUUACUUUACUAGUUUACGGGGAAUUCGGAGGACCUAUGCGGAUUGCUAUGCAGUUCGGACGAUCUUUAGGGGAUUUAGGUUGUGGGUGGAUGAGCGCGACAUAUCAAUGGACUCUGCCUACAGGACUGAGUUGCAGAAUGUGCUGGGUGAGAAGAGAGUGAGUUUGCCCCAAGUGUUCAUUAGGGGAAAGUAUUUGGGAGGGGCUGAAGUUGUCAAGCAGCUUCAUGAAGUGGGUGAGUUGGCCAAGCUUCUUGACGGGUUCCCAGUUCGCGAACCUGGGUCUGUGUGCGACAGCUGCGGAGAUGCGAGGUUUCUGCCUUGCACAAAUUGUAAUGGGAGUAGGAAGGUUUAUGAGGAAGAUGAAGGAGUGUUAAAGAGAUGUUUGGAAUGCAAUGAGAAUGGAUUGAUUCGGUGCCCCGAUUGUUGUUCUUAAAUUCAGCCCAAAAUCAAUGAAUUUGUGGGCUCAUAUUUAGUGCAAUGGGAACGAAUUGAUUUGAUGCUUUGAUUGUUGGUCUUGAAUUUGAAUCAAAAUCAAGGGUUUCGGUGCGUAUGCUUUGCCGUUAACUUUGAUAAUGUAAAGAAUAUUGCUGCUUUUGGUUUGGCAAUGUUUGUGGAUUUGGAUUCAAUUCAAAUCUCUCAUUGGAUUCAUCAUGUCCUGUGAAGUGUUUGUCACUGGGAGUGUGUUUUGUCUGUUUAUUUAAACUGUAUUAUAAAAUAAAGUAUGUGUCAGUUUUAUACUGAAGUGUUUUCCUUACUGUGGUUGUAUGUCACAUUUGGGAUGGGAGAUUGGUUUUUUCGUUUUCAUGCAUGUGUGAUUGUAAAUACUGAUUUCAAUAUAUUUUGUUCUUUUAGCCA